CUUUGAAAAUUUUUGUGGUUUUUUUGCUGAAGUCCAGGGUUGCACAGUUCGUUAAUUGAAAUCGAUUGUUUAAACGAGGAAGGUAAAUUUUUCUAAUCCAAGCGAAGUCGGCAGCUACUUUUGUAGUGCGAAAUACAACAAUUGUAGCCCCGAUAGUGUAGUAAAUAAUAAACAAAAAACUGUCUAUUGUUAUUUAAAGUUCGAUUAACUAUGGCUCACGCCACACCGCAGGGCAUCAAACUGCUCAAUGGCUGGAAACGUCCGGGUCGCUUUGACAAGGGUCUUGGUGCCCAGUUGCCCGAUGCCUAUAAAAAGUUCUGGCGCGAAUGGAAGCUGACAACGCCAGCGGCUGUUCACUACAUACCCAAGGAGCAGCAGUGGGAGCGCGACGAGGUUACGCAUGCCAUUAAACCGGUACAAAAUAUUCCACUGCCACUCAUUGAUCCCCCGGAAGCACACCAAGGCAUUUGGGGUGGUGAGGCCGUCAUCAAGGGCUUCCAGAAGCGUCACCAAACCAAGCGUCGUGUUCCCCAUUUCUGGGUACCUCAACUAAAACGUUCCGUGGUCCAUAGUCAGGUGCUCAAUGAGUACAUGUCGGUGGUGGUUACAGAGCGGACUUUGGAGCAGAUUCACGAAUGCCAUGGCUUUGAUCAUUAUCUCCUAAAAAAUUUGGCUUGCGACUUACGUUCAGCCUUAGCCCUCAAGAUGAAACGCCAGGUCCUGCAAGCCCUGCAACAGGGCUGUCCUAAUCUGGCCGAUGAACCCAAGUUGCAGAAGGAGGUCCUCAAGGAGUAUAGCCAAUACCUCGAGUCUUAUACGCCUGAGGAAAUUGAUUGGUACGGACACACAUAUUUAGAGGCCAUCCGGAAGCUGCAGAACAAAUUAAGGGAAGCAGAACGUGUCCAGCCACACAAAGUGGAAUUCCGGAGUAAGUUAAUUGAUCAACUUAGACAGGCAGGCAUCAAUGAGGCGGGCAGUGCCACCAAGUUGGAGAAACCAGCGACUACUGACGGUGAACAUAAGGAUUCGGAUAUCGAGGCACUCACCAAAUUGGAAUCGCCGUCUGCUUCCUCCAGCUGGCUAUCCAAAAUAAAUCCGUUUGGCAAAAAAGAAACCUAAGUGGAAAUGGGACUUUGUAUUUUGUUUUCCAUUUGUUUGUGUUUUUUAGCUUGGAAAGAAUAAACCUCGUUUUGGAAGCA